UCUUCUGGAAUCCCCUUCUCUUACAGCCACCACUCCCAGCCUCCACACCCCCACCUCACCGGAAGGCGAAGCGCUGAUCGAGCCAUGGCGGCGACCCCUCCCCCUCCCGCGGCGGCGCUGGAGCAGAUGAGCAGCACCAAGAUGUUCGGAGGGCGCAACCUUCGCUUCCACCACCAGAGCACCACCCUCGACUGCCCCAUGACCUUCUCCAUCUACCUCCCCCCGUCCCCGGCGUCCAACCUCCCUGUGCUGUACUGGCUCUCGGGCCUCACCUGCACUGACGAGAACUUCAUCAUCAAGGCCGGCGCCCAGCGCGCCGCCGCCGCCGCCCACGGCAUCGACCUUGUCGCCCCCGACACCUCUCCACGUGCCGGGUUCUAUUUGAAUGCCACAAAUGAACAAUGGAAAAAUUGGCACACGUAUGACUAUGUUGUGAAGGAACUCCCAAAAGUUCUAAGUGACCACUCUGAAGAGCAUCAAUUUUUGGGCACUCAAUGGGAGGGCAUGGUGCACUGACAAUUUACUUGAAAAACAUUGACAAAUACAAGUCAUUAUCAGCAUUUGCUCCAAUUAUCAACCCAAUUAACUGCCCAUGGGGUCAGAAAGCAUUCUCAAAUUACCUGGGCUCAACUAGUAAGAUUGGAAUGUUAAUCAAGCAGUGCAAAGAAGUUUCAACUCCUAUCCUAAUUGACCAGGUAUGGUGUUGCCAUGGAUUCAUUCGUGCCCCGUUUCUGCUAUCACUAUAUUACUAGCCCAGUUAAUUGUUUUCCUUUUGUAUAAUCAGAAGUUCAGAACAUUGAAAAUGGAGGGAAAAUCUUUUAAACCGACUUGAGUGUAGUGACAUAUUUCCAUGACACCAGUUCACCUGUCGCCAUGCAUGCUUGUUCCAUCAUUUCAUGAGGCGACUAGUCCUUUAGUUCAUAUAUCUGACAUCUCUCAUUAUUGAAAUUGAAACCUCUCUCGACCACCCAGCCCAUAUUGGAGCAAAUUCAGUAGAGGUAGGUGGCACGAUAUACAUUCAAAGGUGUUUUCAGUGCUAUAGCUGGGAAAAUUUCCUUGAAAAUACCAUUGGGCAUGACUCAAGUACCUUUAGUCAGAUGUAUGUGACAAUGUGAUAGAGUUGCCCUUGCGGAUAAUAGGUAAGUGACAAGUUGAUGGCAAAUGGGGGCCCUAGAACAAUGUCAAAUGAGUUAGUGUCCGCUUCACAUUUUCUUUGUUUUGCCUGUUGCGUAUGAUGAGUACAACCAUUUGGUGGUCUUAUACACUUUGGAUUUGAUUAGCUCAUCAAAUGAAGAGGCCUCUACUGGUUAACUUAGGGCCUAUUGUUGGAUUGUUGAAGGUAGGUAUUCCUAGCUCUAGAAAUUCGUUGAGCUGGAGCUGUGGGUACACUAAGGUAUUCGGGUGAGCAAUCUUAUUCCUAUUUUUGACUAAAAAUAGAGACUUAAACCACUUUAUUUUAGCUUACAAACUAAAAAGAUCUGACGUGGAGCUGGAAGGUGGAGUUCUACCAUACAUGGUCUUAGCCUUUGUAGGGCUCUACAUGUUCAGUAAUCAGAGUCUAUCAAGGUCACUGAACAGUGUCAGACACCUACUGCCUGAAUGGAUUGAUUUAACUUAACUGACAUGUUUUGAUUGAACAGGAAGUCUAGGCUCCUAAAUAGUUGAGUAGGGCCAGGCUCAUGAACUGUUUCUGACAGAUUUCAGAGCUUAUUACUAUCAUACAUAACCCACUGGGUGCCGCUGUUUGCAAAUUCAAUGUCUAAGAGUUAAGGCUACUACAAUCUAGUUCUUUGUUUAUUCUACAAAUUAGAAGUAAAAAAGUUAUUUCUGUUAGAAACUUAUUUGCUAUGUUGUUAUUGACAAUUUGAUUAGGGGGAGGAUGACAAGUUCCUGGCAGAGCAGCUGUUACCUUGCAAUUUUGAGGAGGCAUGCAAGGCUGUGGGGGUUCCUUUGAUCUUGCGCAUGCAGCCUGGAUAUGACCAUUCAUACUUUUUCAUUGCUACAUUUGUUGAUGAUCACAUUGCACACCAGGCUCAAUUUCUCAAGAGCGCCUGACUGCAAGGUCACCUGUAAUGUAAGGAAGCAAUCAAGAGAAAAUGGGGAGACAGCUCUGUCGUUUCAAGGCGUCUUCAUACCGUAUGUGUUAUUAUUUCCUGGUGUGGACACUCGUCGCUGUUCUUUUGUCUGUUAGCCUGAGGUGAACAAUAUACCCAGAUGCAACUAAGAUGAAAGAUUUGUCGAUUCUAGCGGAAAUGGGAUCUUCUUGUCACAAUUUAAGUGCGUUUCUUGUCCUCCAUUCUUGCAAUUAUUCGCCCUGGUGCAGCAAUUUCUGGAGCAAGAAAUGAUUGGAUUUGUGUUAUUGACU